ACGGAGCUCCCCACCUGCCGGCAGCCAGAGGAAAUGGAGCAGCCCAGCCCAUGUGCCCGGCCUCCCACCCCUGACUUCACUUGAUAACGAACCAGAAACUGAAACGGUCAGGAUUCCCGGCUUGAAGUCAGAGAUGAGUCACUGCUAAGAGCAACUGCAGUAGUCGUGGAGUGACACCCUAGAGGCAGACAGCACAUCUGAGGGUCCUGGUGGAACAUGGCGAGAGGCAUGGAUGUGGUGGCCAUGGACUGCGAGAUGGUGGGGCUGGGGCCCUUUCGGGAGAGCGGCUUGGCUCGUUGCAGCCUCGUGGACAUCCACGGAACCGUGCUCUACGACAAGUUCAUCCGGCCCGAGGGGGAGAUCACUGAUUACAGAACCCCUGUCAGCGGGAUCACCGCUCAGAGCAUGGAGGGGGCUGUCCCGUUCGCCGUGGCCAGGCUGGAGAUCCUGCAGCUCCUGAAAGGCAAGCUGGUGGUGGGUCACGACCUGAAGCAUGACUUCAAGGCACUGAAGGAGAACAUGAGCAACUACGCCAUAUACGACACGGCCGCCGACAAGCUGCUGUGGCGCGAGGCCAACCUGCAGUACUGCAGACGUGUGUCCCUCCGCGUGCUGAGCCAGCGCCUCCUCGGGCGCCACAUCCAGGACAGCCGGUUGGGACACAACUCCGUGGAGGACGCCAGGGCCACGAUGGAGCUCUACCGAAUCUCCCGGCGAAUUCGAGAGCAGUGAGGGCUCCGCCUGGUGGUAACCAGCCCCCUCCCCAUGGACUAGAGGCCUUCGUCUAUGGGACAAAAUCUCCCUUGCUUUUGGAAAAUGCAUCAUUAGCAGUAAAAUGGCUUUAUAUUUUCUUUA